UUAGUGUCUUCAUAUUUGGCUAAAUCAAAAAGCCUCAGAAAAAAUGGAGAGGAUGAUGGUUUUGAGAUCCAUUUGUAGAGCCGCGUGUUUCAGAUCUUCCCGUUUCUCGGCUAUUGCCGUUGCUGCCACCAAUCACAACCACCACUUGGGUUUCCGGAAUCUCUACUCAAUCUCAUCACUUUCCGCUCCUAAUCCGCCCACUAACUUUCCUUCGGGUGGCAGGUCAUCCCUGAGAUUGGGGAGCACACGCUAUUUUAGUGAUGACGUAUCUCAUAUGCCUGUCAUAACGGACACUGAGAUUCGGAAUGUUUUUAAGGACUUAAUGGCUGCAAGUUGGGAUGAGCUUCCUUAUUCUGUGGUACAAGAUGCAAAGAAAGCCUUGUCCAAGAAUACUGAUGACAAAGCCGGCCAGGAAGCUUUGAAAAAUGUCUUCCGCGCUGCUGAAUCUGUUGAAGAGUUUGGUGGUAUUCUGAUCAGCAUGAAAAUGGAACUUGAUGACAGUAUUGGAAUGAGUGGAGAGAAUGUAAAACCUCUGUCGAGUGAUUUUUCGGCUGCACUUAAGACAGUUUUUCAGAAGUAUGCAACUUACUUGGAUGCAUUUGGUUCUGAUGAAAUCUACUUGAAAAAGAAGGUGGAGACGGAUUUGGGAUCAAAGAUGAUCUACCUAAAGAUGAGAUGUGGUCACCUUGGUGCUGAGUGGGGAAAGAUUACUGUUCUUGGAACCUCUGGACUUUCUGGAUCUUAUGUGGAGCAAAGAGCUUAGCACUAAAGUGUUGAGGGUGUUCACGUCAACAUUUUUCCCCUGUUUUAGAUAAUUUCUAUGAAUACUAGGAGACAGGUUGGUGUUUUCCUGGAAAACCUUGAACGUUGGAGUUUGCUUGGUCCCUAAAUAAAUGGCUUAUGUUUAUCAACAACAAUAAAUCAAAGUGUAAAAUCAUGCUUCUUUAUAUGGUGAGAUUUUCCACCAUGUUUCCUCA